AUGGCGUACCCCAACCAAGAAACCGAGGUCAAGGUGUCCAGCCAGGGAGCAGACAGCUUCGUGAGCUGGUACUACCAGGACCUCAACGACCACCGCUCUCUCGCGCCCUACUACGUAAACUCGUCAUCCAAAUACACCGGCGCAGGCAUCACCGCCGACGUCACGAUCAACGGCGCCCACCUGAACGACCCAGCCGAGUACGAGGCCCUCCUCGAGACGCAGCGCCGCGGCAACGCCGGCGUCAACGGCGCCGAUCACAACACCAGGUCCGGCACGACGAAAGUGCGCUACGAGGUCACCAGCCACGACACGCAGGUGCUCAACAACGACUACGGCCUGGGGUGCCCGGAGAACAUCCUGGCCAACGGGCCCGACCGGAGCGGCGGCCGCAUCUCGAUGCUCGUAACGGUCACGGGCACCGUACACCUUGGCAGCGCGCCCGACACGCAGCACGUGCGGUUCCACGAGGUCUUCGUGCUGGUCCCCAACUGGGACGUCGUGGGCCGCCGCAACCCGCCGCGCAACGCGAAGAAGUUCCUCAUCUCCUCGCAGAACCACCGGAUGCUCUAG